AGGAUAUACGCGUGUCCAUGGCGCUUCACAUAUCGCCCCCCCCCACACAGCCCUUCCUGCACUAAAAACCUUUUAUUUUCUCUUAUAUUCCAGACCCCCACAGUGGAGCCUCUCGGCCGGACCGGAUUCCUAUAGGACGGACCCCACGGAGACAGUACAUGUUACUGUAACGACUCGGCGAGAUCAUGGACCCGAACUCUAUGCAGCAGACAGUGAUGGAGUCCCCAGAGGCCGCCCCCGCCCCCCAGGAGGCCGACCUCGGACCCCCCAGCAUCCCCACAGAACCCCCGACUUCCCCUAAAGCUGACCAGGCCUACGAACCACUCAGCUAUGACGAGCUCUUCCCGGCCCUCCCCAACACGGAGGUUAAUGCACUUCCCACCGUAGAUGCCGCCAAGGAAAACACCUGGGGACAACUCAGUGAAAUGCGGAUUCCGUCCUCGGUCAUUACCCAAGUGUUCCGCGUCCCGUACGAGGAGCGCGCCAAGAUCGACGGAAACAACCAGUUCGGAGAGUCGGCGUCGUCGCGCAUCUGUGCCGAGAUCAACAGUCGCACCGGCGCGCACAUCGAGAUCUCCUCCGCCAAGGACCAGUCGCUCACCUUCCUCGUCACCGGCAAGAACGACGCCGUGGCCAAGGCUCGCCGACUCGUCCUCGAAAAGUUCCAGACCCAGGCCAGGCUCGUCAUCAAGAUUCCCAAGGACCACCACCGCUUCAUUCUGGGCAAGAAGGGAAAACGUCUCCUCGAGCUUGAGCAGAACACGGCCACCAAGAUCCAAGUACCCAGCUCCAAGGACGCCUCUGAGGACAUCGUUGUGGUGGGCACGCGCGAUGGCAUUGAGAAGGCCAUGCACGAGAUUCAGCAGACAUCCGAUGAGCAGAGCAAGCAAGCCUACGAGAAACUGGAGAUCAACAAGCUGUACCACCCCUUCAUCUGCGGCGCCAACAAUGAGAAAGUUGAGGAGCUGAUGGCAGAGCACGGUGUGAGGAUCAACGUGCCUCCGCCCUCCGUCAUGAAGAACGAGAUCACCAUCGCCGGAGAGAAGGAGGGCGUCUUGAAGUGCAAGGAUCUGAUCAACAAGCGCUACAAGGAAUUGGAACGCAAGUGCCAGACAGUCUCGGUGGAGGUGCGCAAGUCCCAACACAAGUAUGUCAAAGGCCCGCGGCGCGCCAACAUCCAGGAGAUCCUUCACGAGACCGGCGUGUCCGUGGAAAUGCCGCCCUUGGAGUCCAACACCGAGACCAUCACCCUCCGCGGACCUCAGGACAAGCUGGGCCAGGCCCUGACGAUGGUGUACGCCAAGGCUAACAGUGUGGUGCAGCAGGACGUGGAGGCCCCAACCUGGCUACACAAGUUUAUCAUUGGACGCAAGGGAGCAAACAUCCGGCAGAUUACCCAAGACUUGCCCAAGGUCCACGUGGAGUUGUCCGACAAGCAGGGCGGCAUCAAGCUCGAGGGUCCGCCUGAGGAGGUGGAGAUCGCCGCGGAGAAACUGGAGACCAUGAUCGCCGAGAUGAAGAGCAAACUGUGCUUCGACGAGAUUGCCGUCAACCCCAAGUUCUACAAGCACAUCAUCGGCAAGAACGGAUCCAACAUCAACCGCAUCCGCAAUGACACGGGCGUCCUGAUCAACAUUUCCGAGGCUGGCGGCAGCAACGUCAUCCGCCUCGAGGGAAGCCCGGAAGGGGUCAGCCAGGCGAAGAAGGAGCUUGAGGAACUGGUGACCAAGAUGGAGAACGAGAAGGAGCGUGACAUCCACAUCGACCAGCGCUUCCACCGCACCAUCAUCGGCACCAAGGGCGACAAGAUUAGGGAGAUCAGGGACAAGUUCAACCAGGUCCAGAUCUCCUUCCCCGACCCUGGGGAGCAGUCGGAUGUUGUCAAGAUCCGUGGGCCCAAGGAAGACGUGGAUGGGUGUCACCAGUACCUCAAGAAGAUGGUGCGCGACCUGGCCGAGUCAAACUACCAGGUCAAGGUCUCCAUCUUCAGGCAGUUCCACAAGUUUAUCAUCGGCAAGGCUGGAGCCAACAUCAACAAGAUCAGGGAGGAGACCAGCACUCGUAUUGACCUUCCCUCCGAGGGGCAGAACAGUGACGAGAUCACCAUCACCGGCCGCAAGGAGAACUGCGAGAAGGCCCAGGAACGCAUCCAGAAGAUUCAGGACGAACUGGCCAGCAUCGUGGAGGUGGACAUCAUCAUCCCGGCCAAAUUCCACAACUCCAUGAUCGGCGCAGGUGGGAAGCUGAUUCAGAGUGUAAGCGAGGAGUGUGGCGGAGUCUCUAUCAAGUUCCCUCCGCCGGGCAAGAACUCCGAGAAGAGCUCCGAUAAGGUGACCAUCCGUGGACCCAAGGAGGAUGUGCAUAAGGCCAAGCAGAUGCUGGUUGACCUCAGCAACGAGAAACAGCUGGCCAGUCACACCGCCGAGGUCCGGGCGAAGCAGCAGCAUCAUCGGUUCCUCAUCGGACGUAACGGAGCCAACAUUCGCAAGAUCCGCGACGCCACCGGAGCGCGGAUCAUCUUCCCCACCGACAAGGACGAGGACAAGGAGCUCAUCACUAUCAUCGGCAAGAAGGACUCCAUCGCCAAGGCCAAGGAGCAGCUGGAGGCAACCAUCAAGGAGCUGGACCAGGUGGUUGAGGAGACCAUGACCGUGGAUCCGCGCCAUCACCGACACUUCGUAGCUCGCCGCGGGGAGGUCCUGCGCCAUAUUAGUGACCAGUAUGGCGGCGUGACGGUGUCCUUCCCUCGGUCGGGCGUGCAGAGCGACAAGGUGACCCUCAAAGGCGCCAAGGAGUGCGUGGAGGGCGCCCGAGCUCGCAUCCAGGAGAUUGUCAUCGACCUGGAGGAGAUGGUGCAGUUGAAGGUGAUCAUCCCGCAGCGUUACCACCGGACUGUCAUGGGGGCGCGCGGCAGCAAGGUGCAGGCCAUCACCACACAGCAUGAGGUGCAGAUCAAGUUCCCUGAGAAGGACAGCGGCACGCACCUGGCCAACGGGGAGGAGGAGGCUGCGCAGCAGGUGAAUGGCGAGGCUGAGGGCGAGACACGACCCCAAGACAUCGUCCACAUCAUGGGCAAGAAGGAGCGCUGUGAGGCUGCCCGCGACGCCCUGCUUGAGCUCGUUCCCGUGACCAUCGAGGAGACCGUUCCCUACCGCCACCACCGCUUCAUCAUUGGCCAGAAGGGCGAGAACGUGCGUCACAUGAUGGCCGAGCACGACGUAAACAUCCAAGUCCCGCCACUACAGGAUCACAGUGACGUCAUCAGGAUUACUGGCCCUCCGUCGAACACCCAGCGUGCGUCCCAGGCCCUGAGGGAGAAGGUGGCACAGCUGGAGGAGGAGGAGGCUGACCGGCAGGCUCGCUCCUUCAAGCUGACGGUGGAGGUGGACCCGGAAUACCACCCCAAGAUCAUCGGGAAGAAAGGCGCCGUGAUUUCCAAGAUCCGCGAAAAGCAUGAUGUGAAUAUUCAGUUCCCGCCACGUGGCUCGGAGGAGGAAAGAGUCAUUACGAUUACCGGAUACGAGAGGAAUGUGAAUGAGGCCAAGGAUGCGAUUCUGGCCAUCACCGGUGAGCUGGACAAGAUGAUUCGUGACACGGUGGAGAUCGACAGCCGUAUCCAUUCCCGUCUCAUUGGCAGUCGCGGGCGUGCCAUCCGCAAGGUUAUGGAGGACUACAAGGUGGAGAUCAAGUUCCCUCGCCAGGAUGAUGACCCCAACCUGGUGACCAUCAUGGGGGCGCCGGAGAACGUGGAGGAGUGCAAAGAUCACCUCCUCAACAUGUCCGAGGAGUACAUGCAGGAUAUCUCAGAGCGCGAGGAUAUGAAUAUGUACAUGUCCCAGAAUUCCACCGCCUCAACCUCGCUGCUGUCGUCCUCGGUCGCCGCCGCCGCCGCCGCUGGUGCAGCCGCCCCGCAACCGACCUUUGUCCCCGCUGACGCCCCGCAGAAGAAGGAGCAGGGCUUUGUGGUGUCCGGGGCUCCGUGGACACAGGAGGCCCCCAACAUGGACUCCUCUGAGGAUUUCCCUUCCAUGGGCGCCCCGACUGUCACCCACACUGCUGGACCUACCAUCUGGGGCCCCCGUCGCUAGGCUCUCCGCCCUACCCUGCCCCGCCCCGCUGCGCCUCUCCGCCACACUCCAGAUAAUUAACAACACCCCCCAACAUCUGUCUGUAGCUCGACUCUCCCUUGGCAACACUAUACAGGAUCUGAUUCCUUAUAUAUGAGAUCCAACUCCUUAAAUAAGAUUCGAUUCCUUAUAUAAGAUCAGAUUCCUUAUAUGACAUCCGAUUCCUUUGGGGCUGUACCUUGAAUGCCCUUUGUACUUCACUCAUAGGGAUUAAACAUGGGAUCUAAUACUCUAUCCUUCAACAUGGGAUAGGAUCGAGAGCUGCUAGGACUAUAAAUGCCAUGAGAUUAAGAGUUAUAAGCGGAGGAAUUGUGUUGCGUUUGGUGAGCCGUGUUGCCGACAGACGUACUGGGCCGGGCUUAACCUCCUUCCGUUCUAAGUAACAAGUAAUAAUUCGUUCUUUUGAAGGAAACCGUAUCCUGAACAUCAAUAGCAGCUCAUGUUGAAACUAUGCAUCCUUAUCUCUUAAUAAUACCUAUAUCUACGAGCCUCUAUUAGUACCAUCUGUUGUCUCUUUUGUUUUGUUUAUCAUUGGUAGGAUUUUAUGACGAUUCAGAUGCUCUUUAUUUUGUUUUGUAUUAGUAGAGUAUUAUUUUUAUUUUUGACAUUAUUAUUUUUUAUUUUUUCUCUGGCUUGUUUCGCGGCAAGUCAGGUUUUUAUUUCUUUUGUUUACAUUUUCGCGGGUUCAACCUCAUCCCGUUUUCUUUCUCUUUUUUUUUUCCCUUCGUUUGUUGAGUUUGUUGAGAAGUUACCGAGUUAUUAUUGUUAUUAAUUAUUCUACGUCGAAAAUGAGUUUGGGGAUUUUUUUAGAUGAAAUUAAUGUUUUUUUAUAUAUAUAUAUUAAACAUAGAUUUAUUAUCAUUAUUAUUUGAAAGAUUCCUUUUUCCGAGAAGAAGAAGAAGUUUUUAUCGUUAAAUUUAAAACAGAGAAGCAUAGGAUUAGUGGACUUUGGUUAUUUUGUUUUCCAUUCUUAAGUAUGUAAGUGGUGUAGGGACGGAAUUUAGUCUCACACGCACACACACACACUUACACACACACGCACACACGAUAUGGGAUGUAUGAGACUAACACUCGAUCCUAUACACACACACACUCACACUAACAAACACUAUAACACACACACUACAGGAGGCACGAGAUCAAAAGUCAGUCCUAUACGCGCGCACACACACACACACACACACACACACACACAUCCUCACAGCUAGACACAUUGAUUGGGGGAUCAUGCCUGUCUAGUUUUCCACACAACAAGAAAGUAUUUUUUUUUCCGUACCAACUCUUUCGUCCGAUAUAAUUUUUGAAUCCAAGCGAUAUAACAUGAUGCUGUGGGGUGUAGCCAUUUGGGGGUAACUUAGGUUGAUGAUAAUACUGCAUUCAGCCAUAUUUAAAGGGGGAAACACACACACACACACACGUACAGAAGCUAGACACACACACACACACACACACACAUAUGCUAACGUAACACCAUGCCAUGUAACUAAAGGGACAGGCUUGGGUCACACACAUACACACAUACACACAUACACACACAUAUGCAUAGCCAGCCUAACACCACACCCAACCAACCAAAGGGACGAGGUUAGGUUAGGUUAGCGUCACACCACCACCCACCACCACCACCACCCACCACCCCACCCUCCUCACUGUCUUGCUGCACGUUGACGACCUCUAUUCCUGAACCUGGCUAACGCUAAUUGGAAAUAUCACCGCCAGUCUUCCCAAAUAAAGGCCCGUUGGUGGUAGAAAUUCCCUUGGUAUCUUUUGUAGUCUCUCCGUUUUCUUUGUCCUGUAGUGUUCAUCUUUUUCUUUCUCAUCUUUUAUAUUGUUAGUUUUCAUCUCUUGUUAUUUCUUGUAUCAUCUCCUUCCUCCUCUUUUUAUCUCUUUUUAUGCCUCAUUGUUACUUCUCCCUCUCUUGUCAUUUAUCUUCCUCUGUGUGUCUUUUUUAUAUUUGUGAUUCUGUUCUUAAUUCCUUUUGUUUCUUCCUUCUUCUCUAUCUCCUUUUUUAUAUAUAGCUGGAAUUGAGUAGCUAUGAUCAUUCCCUGUAUUCCUGCUCUAUUUACUACCUUCUUUUCUCUUAUUCCUCCUCUUCCUCUUCCUCCUCCUCUGAAUAUAUGAGAUUAUGGACUUUGGUUCCUUCUGUUUCUGUCCCAUCUUUUAACUUGUCUCUUUCUCCUCCUCUUCUGUUUCCUCAAUUUUGCUGUUCUUUAUUGCAUUUCUCCUUCUACUACUACUAUUAAUCCUUUUACUAUUACUACUACUACUACUACUACUUCUACUACUACAUCUUCCACAUCUCGUCGCCUACUGCUGUGCAUCUGUCUGCGUCGCCUAAUCCCCAUAGCUGUCACUGGCCCCCACAACGCAUCGUAGAGCCUCAACCUGCGUAGCGUGUCCAGGCCUCACCCCCUCCCUCCCCUCCUCACUGCCGCGACACAGACCGACGCACAGACAAGUCAUAAAUCAGGAUAUUACGUAGACUCAAGGUGUUUGUUAUCGUAGCCACGGACGACACGGACUAGAGUGAUGUCUGUGAUGUUUGUUCCCUGUCGAUCCUGAAGCUUGUAUGGUCUGUUUUUUGUGUUUGUUUCUCCGUCGGUCUUUCGCUCUUGUUCUCGCUCCCUCUCGCCUCCUUUCUCUCCCUCUCUAUCGUUCUUGCUUCCUCCCUCUCGCUCCCUUCCUCUCGCUCUCCCUCUCCGGAACUCCUUCCACCCAGGGGCCAUUCAGGGGCUAUGAUAAAUAAAGCGAAAAAAAGUAAAAAUGAAGUGAAAACAAAAAAAAUUGAAAUACUAUUUGUUGUGAUUUUGUUACUUUGAAAGCUACUAUACUACUGAGUACGUACAGACCUACCCACCACGUACAGUUGUUACUAUACUAUAUAUUUUGUGUAUCUCAAGACAGAGGUGAGGUUACUACUACUACAUGAUGUCUCCGUAGCACCCAGGUCACUUUUGGGCCUUCUAAGUUAGUGCUGCUGUUUGUGGUUUUCACCUAAUAAACAUAUAUUGGUAAC